AUGACUGAAUCUAGCCAACCAGAAAUCUCACAGGAUCAGAUAAAAGGGUUGUUGCAAAAAACAUCAGAACUACCGUUAGAAGGCGAAAAAAAAUUAAUCGUUAAGCAACUUAAAGAAUCAACUCAAAUGUCAGCAGAUGAAUUACCAGUAAAUUCAUCAACAGAAAUAAUUCAAGAUUUAUCACAACAUUCUAACGAAGAAUUUAACAAUGAACCCGUAGAUAGAAAAAUUGAAGAUCCUAUUCAAGAACAGCUUCAAUCAUCCCAAGAGGAAUCAAAAAAUACAACACAAGAUCAUUCACAAAGGUUUCUAACAGGAGAGCCUAUAGAUAGAAAUACAAUAUUAACAAAAUUAAAAGGUUUACACAACGAUUGUUCAUUUUUAUUUGCAGCUAAUAAGCUAGGAUUGAAACUUUCUGAGGAUGAAGCCAAAGAAGAGAAUAUUGACGAAUACUUGAACGCAAAACGUAAUGAUUUCUUUAAAACAAUUAAAUCAGUAAUACCAUCAAUAGAUAAUAAAGCUUUAGAAUACCUAUAUGUUAAACAUGGUAAUAAAGAAGAUUCCAUCGAACAAGCCAUUUUAGAUUUUUCAAAUACUUCAUCAGAUAGUAUUGCCCAAGGAAAAGACGACAGCUUUCCCCUUGUAGAAACAUCAUCAAUGAAAGCACAUUUAAUAACCGAUAAUGGCUUUAAAUCAACUCUAUUAGUGGAUACAAAUAAAAAAAACUUUCCAAUAGACACAUCCUCACCAAAACAUAGCAAUCCUGCAACUAGGUCUUCCUCCUUCCAAUCACCAUCACAGCUUUCAUUUAAUAAACCGCCAUUAAGACCAAACUCUCAAAAUAAUUUGCCCUUAUCGAAUUCACCCGCAUCUUCCCAAAGAAAGAGAACUAAGGAAUAUUUAAAUCGUGAUUAUAAAAGAUUAAAACCGGAUUUACAGUGGAAAAGAUUCAUUGGCGCCUUGCAGGUUAAUGCCUUAGCUACAAGACCGACUUCAAAACCAGUUGAAUAUGGGUCUCAAUUAAGUCUUGUUAAAUCAAUACCUUCAAAAAAUAAAAGAAUAUUCGAUUCAUCUGGUAAGAGGAAAAACGCAAUGUCAAGUUUUAUUAGAAUAAUGGAUACAAAAGCAAAUAGAGAAUUGGGUAGGGUACCCGAAGAUAUUGCAAGAAUAGUUUUUCCAUUACUCGGUGAUUCUAUCGUUGACUUCGAAGCUACAAUGGUAUUUUGCAACAAUAGACGCAUUAGCAUUGGUGAUACAUUUGUUUUCCAAUUAGACUGUUUCUUAACCUCCAAAAGUUUUGAAGAUGAUGAAGAAUCAACUCUUUCUCAAGGAAUGAAAGGCCUAGGUGAAAAAAAUUCAACUUUUAAUAAGGGAAUGACAGAAACUGAUUCAGAAUUACAUUCUAGAACACAAAGAAUGGCUCUACUGAAUCUAUUUGAUAUAAUAUCUCUGCAGCCCAUUCUUGAUGAAUCAAAAGCUCUGCAAGAAAAUGCUACUCAAAAGAUGCCAGAUUUUAUCGACUUGGAAGAUGAAAAUUAUAAUAAAAUAGAUAUAACUGACGAUUCAACUAGUAUACCAAGCACUCAGCAUCAAGAAGAUGCUAUGGAUCUAAAUCAAAUCCAAUCCUUUUAUAAAGCUGCUCAAUCUUUAGAGUCAAUUCAAAAUUUACCGGAAACAACACCAUCAAAAGACAUUUUUUCUUUAGAUUUAAGAAGAUAUCAAAAACAGGGGUUAUCUUGGAUGCUAAGGAGAGAACGUGAAUUUUCAAAAGUUCAAACAAAUAAUGAUAAAACUGAUCCAGUUUCAGAAGGUUCUAUUACCAAUCCUCUAUGGAAACAGUUCAAAUGGCCAAAAGAUAUGUCAUGGGCUACUCAAAAGCUAUCCGAAAUCUCUACCGAUCUUGAUGAUAUUUUUUUUUAUGCUAAUUUACAUACGGGCAAGUUUUCCUUAGAUAAACCUGUUAUUAAAUCUAUGGUAAGAGGUGGUAUAUUGUCAGAUGAAAUGGGUUUGGGUAAAACAAUUUCUACACUUGCGCUGAUUCUCUCAGUCCCAGAAGAUACUUCAAUUGUGGAUAAAAAAUUGUUUGAAACAUCUAAUGAUUUAGUUAUUGAUCUAAGUAAGCCCGAAGAUGCAAAAAGACCAUAUGCCUCAAAAACUACGUUAAUUGUUGUCCCAAUGUCAUUAUUAAAUCAAUGGAGUGAAGAAUUUGUAAAAGCAAAUGCUUCUAGUGAAGUUACACAUGAACUGUAUUACGGGGGCAAUGUUAGCAGUCUGAAGAAGUUACUCAUUAAUAAUAAUAAGCCACCUUCUGUUAUAAUUACCACAUAUGGUGUUGUUCAAAGUGAAUGGACAAAGAUCUUCAAAGAAACAUCUCCUCACUACCAAGUAGAGGUUUCAACUGGGUUAUAUUCCCUUGACUUCUUUAGAAUUGUCAUUGAUGAAGGCCACACAAUUAGAAAUAGAACAACUGCUACUUCUAAAGCAAUCAUGGGCUUAUCAAGUAAGCGUAAAUGGAUUCUAACUGGUACACCGAUUAUCAAUAGAUUAGAUGAUCUAUACAGUUUAGUCAAAUUUUUAAACUUAGAACCUUGGUCACAGGUAAAUUAUUGGAAAACUUUUAUCUCCAAUCCUUUUGAGAAUAAGCAGUUUAAACAAGCUUUAGAUGUAGUCAACUCAAUUUUAGAUCCUGUUUUAUUAAGACGUACAAAACAGAUGAAGGAUAUUGAUGGUAAACAUUUAGUGGAGUUACCACCAAAAGAAGUAAUUGUUGAAAAACUCGAAUUUACUAAUAAGCAAAACAAAGUUUAUAAGCAAUUUUUAGACAAGGCAGAAUUGUCUGUUAAAUCGGGGUUAGCUCGUGGGGAUCUUUUAAAACAAUAUUCUACUAUUUUGGUUCAUAUAUUAAGAUUACGCCAAAUAUGUUGUGACGAAUCUUUAUUGGGCACACAAGAUGAGAAUGAUGAGGAUUUAAAAAACAGUAACAAGUUGGUAAAUAAUAAAUCUGAGAUCGAAUCCAUACUAAAAAAAACUGAGGAUAAGCAACCAAAUAAUUCCUUUACUGAGUCUGAAUUACAACUGGUUACUCAAUCGUUGACUGAAAGAUUUUUAAAAAACAAUAGUUAUAAAAAUAUGGAAUGCCCAAUUUGCACAACUGAUCCAAUUGAUUUCACUGAUUCUCUUUUUACUGAGUGUGGCCAUGCAUUCUGCAAAUCUUGCUUAGAAGAUUAUCUAAAAUUUCAAUCAGAGAAAGGACGUGACCAUAAUUGUCCAACUUGUAGAAAAGAAAUUGAUUCUGACAGAUUAAUUACUCUACAAUGUAAUUCUGAAAUUACUGAAAAGCCCAACUUUAUACAUUACGAUAACAAUCAUAAGCCUGCUAAAUUAAAUGCUUUGCUGAAGCAUUUACAUGUUUUAAAGGAUUGCUCACCCGGUGAACAGGUUGUGGUAUUUUCUCAAUUCUCCUCUUAUUUAGACAUUCUUGAAAACGAAAUUGGAAAUUCAUUUAAAGAUGAAGAUGUCGAAAUUUUCAAGUUUGAUGGUAGAUUAUCUUUGAAAGAUAGACAUAUUGUGUUGCAAAAUUUUGGGAAGAAGAAUUUAAAUAAAAUGAAAGUUUUAUUGUUAUCUUUGAAAGCUGGUGGUGUUGGUCUAAAUCUGACAGUUGCAUCUCAUGCUUACAUGAUGGAUCCUUGGUGGUCGCCAAGUUUAGAAGACCAAGCAAUUGAUAGAAUCCAUAGAAUUGGCCAGACGACUAAUGUAAAAGUUGUUAGAUUUAUCAUUAAAGACAGUAUUGAGGAAAAAAUCCUUCGUAUACAAGAAAGAAAGAGAAGAAUUGGAGAAGCAAUGGAUGCUGAUGAAGACGAAAGAAGAAAGAGACGUAUUGAAGAAAUUCAAAUGCUUUUUGAAUAG